CAAGUCGCCUUCUCAGUGGACGCAACAAUGUCAACCACGACAGUUUCAACAAGUUUGUAUGUUCACAUAAACGACCUGGGUUGUUAUGGGCUUGAGUCAUAUCUCUAAAAACUGGAUGUGACCCUGUGACCCCUGGUUGCCAGGGAGAGAGCGGUGGGGCCAUGGCUACUGGGGCUGCUGUUGGGGAGAGCCAACUCCAGAGGAUUAUCCGAGAUCUGCAUGAGGCUGUUGCAGAGCUUGCGAAGGAAUACAGGGAAAGUGGGGAGCCUAUCACAGAUGACAGCACCAACCUGCACAAAUUCUCCUACAAGCUGGAGUACCUGCUACAGUUUGACCAGAAGGAGAAGACCACCUUUCUUGGUACAAAGAAGGACUAUUGGGAUUACUUCAAUGACUGUCUGGCUAAGAUCAAAGGGGCCAAUGAUGGGAUCCGCUUUGUCAAAUCCAUCACUGAACUGAAGACGUCUCUGGGGAAGGGACGAGCAUUCAUUCGCUACUCCCUCGUACAUCAGCGACUGGCUGACACACUGCAGCAGUGCCUAAUGAACCACAGAGUCACCAGUGACUGGUACUAUGCAAGAAGUCCCUUCCUGAAGCCCCACCUUAGUGUUGAUAUCAUCAAUCACCUGUAUGAACUCAAUGAGGUCCAGUUUGAUGUCGCUUCCAGAGGGCAUGAUCUUGAUGCCUCUUGGCCCACUUUUGCAAGGAGGACACUGGGAAGUGCAAACUCACCUGGCCACAUGUGGAAACCACCCAGUCGCAGUUCCAGCAUUAACAGUCUGGCCAGUACCUACUCCCAGCAAGCACCUGAGUUUCCCUCUAGCCCUGACUAUGGUCAUGGCCUGCUGAAUGACCUGAAUGAGUCCCUGCCUGCCUGCACUGAAGAUGUCAGCACAGUUGAGGACCUUCGCCUAGAGCUGGACCAGUCAGAGCUGAAGCAGCGGGAACUCCUUGAUAAAGUGCAGCAGCUGGGCGAGGAGGCUGCUGAGCUCAGGGGCGUAGUCGUGGAGCUGCAGAGGCAGCUGGAUGUGUCGCUUGCUGCCCAAGAGGAGCAACAGGGCUUGCAGUCAGAACUCAAGGCUAGGAAAGGGAGAGAGGAGUCCAUGUCCAGAGAGAUGGAAGCACUCAGGACUAGGGAGAAAGCCAUGGAGGCUGAACGGCGCCUGCUCCAAGAAAAGUUGGCAGUAACUGAUGCAAAGAACAUAGAGCUCAUGGCCAAGUUGGAUGGGGUUCUGAGUGAGAAGGGCCAACAGGCAGCCAACUACUUUGAUUCAGCACAAAAGAUACACGAGUUGCUGGACAGACUGAAAGAGGCAGAGAAAGGGAAAAUGGAAGCUGUUGCAGAGGUAGAGGAGAAGAGGAGGCAGGCAGCAAGGCUAGAGGAAGAGCUGAGACUCAAGGAGGCGGCUGUAAAUGAAGGUGAAACAAAGUUUGGAGCAUUAGUUACGUCGACCUCUGAGGAGAGGAACAAGUUGGAGGCAAAAAUGGAAGAACAGUGCAGUGCCCUUGACAAGCUGCAGGGGGCAUUGACUUUGAGAGAGAAGGAGGCGAACAACCUACAAAGGCAGCUGCAGGACCUCCAAAGAGCUCUAGAGGAGAAAGAAAAAGAGAUGGAGGUGGUGAAGAGGACGGUACAAGAAGAUAAGGAUGAAAUGCAGAAGAAUGUUGGAGGCUUAAGAGAGACUUUAGAAUUAGAAGUCAGUGCUCUAAAAGAUCAGGUUGAAAGGAAAGACACAGAGCUAACCUCCACCUGCAAGACACUACAACAGCUAGAAGCCAAGUACCAAAGCCUCAACAUGGAAAAGGAGAAACUGACAACUAGUGUUGCCGAGCUGGAGGGUAACGUCAAAGAAAAGACCACGAAGAUAGAAGAUUACAAGACACAGUGCGCAAAUUUAAUGGAACUGAAUGAGAAGCUGCUGAUCACGGUGAAGAAAAACGAGGAGUUGAAGAAGGAGAUGGCAGACAACAGAGCAUCGCUUGAAGCUGAAUUAGCAACUCUAAGGGCUUCAGAGAAACAGCUCCGAGGCCUGCUGGAUGAUACCAAGGUGACAGUGGAUGAAAAAGAGAAGCGGUUGCGUGAGGAGAACCGCAUGUUGGAUGAGAGUCUGCAGCGAGCCACCAUGGCCGCAAAGCUCUCCGAGAGUACAUCCAAGCAGCUUGAGCAGGAGAACCAGAGUCUGAGAGAGGAGCAGGACACUGUGAAAGCAGCUCUUAACCGCAUGCAAGCAGACCUGAAGAGUGUUCAUGGGCAGAUCGGUGAGUUGGAGAAGAAUUUAGGAGCUUCACGCAAGAAUGAAGCCAGUCUUCAAGAACAGCUCCAAACCAAAGAGGCAGAGCUAGAGAGCAAAGAGAAGAACCUUGUUGAGCUCCAGUCCAGGUUAAAAACCCUGGAGGCCAGGGAGAAGGAGCUCGAGACGGCCAAAGCUGAUGCAGAAGCAACCUGUGCUAGACAGACAGAAGUGAUCGAAAGGGAGAAGCAGGCAAUGGAGAAAUCUCAGCUGGAGAGGAGUUCUGUCCAAGCAAAGGAAAACCAAGAAGUGACUGGCAAACUGAGUGUGGUUGAGGGCCAGUUGGAGGUAAGCAUGAAGGAAGCGUCCAGGCUCCAGGCAGAGAUCCUGGACCUCAGGGUGCAGGUACAGAGGUCUGAGGAGGAAAAGCUUAAAUCCCAAGCACAGCUGGAGGUGACAGAAGCCCAAAGAGAUGAGCUCAGGACUCUGACCGAGCAGCUUAAAGCUCAGACGGAGGCGCUGAAUCAGAAGCACAUAACGGAGCUUAUGGAGUGCAAAAAGAAAGAAGAGGCGCUGAUUGAACAGCGUGACAGAGAAGUAGCUGCCCAUGCUGAGCUGGCUAUCUCUGUAACUGCUAUCCGAGAAGAGCUGUCCACCUUAAAGGCAGAAAAUGGCAGGUUGGUCCUAGAGAACAGCGAGAUACGUGAGGGUCUGCACAGGGCAAACACAGAGAUGGCCGAGCUGGGGAUGACCAUCUGUAACCUAAGUGCAGAAAAAGAAGAGGCCAGAGAGCACUGGGCAGGCGACGCUGCCAGGAUUGAAGAGCUGGAGAACGAGGUAGAGCGAGUAGAAGAGUGCAUGACAGAACUGCGACUAGAGGCUAACAGACUGAGAGAGGAGCUGACACAGAAGGAGACACUUCCAGGGACAAUCCUGGAGCUCCAGGAUCAGCUGGGAAAGGCCAAGGACCAAGUACAGAGCGUCAAGGAAUCCAGCCAAGAGGAGGUGGAGGCCAUCAAGUUCCAGAUGAGCUCAGAGAGCAUGAAUCAUCAGACCCAGAUGAAGAGUGUGAACGAACAGCUGGACAAGGUGAAAGUCCAGCUGCAGGAGGAGCUGAAGAAUGCAUCCAACUUGCGGGCCAGAGUGUCUGAACUAGAGGCUGAGAAUGAGCAGUACUUGCAGCUAACUGGCGAGAAAGAUGCUCACAUCACAAAGACAGAAGCAACCAUUCGUGAGAGUGAGAGUGAGAUCCAGCAACUGAGAGACGCAGUAAGCAGUGCUGAAGAAGCACACUUGGCUAUGCAAAAGGAAUGCGAGGAAUUGCAGCAGAAACUCAAAACGGUGGAUGCUGACAGGCAAAGCCAGUACCUGAAGAUGGCCGCGGAGAUCGAUGACCUCAACAGAACCAAGACCAACCUUGAAGAGCGGCUCAUUGAGCUUAUCCGGGACAAAGAUGCUCUGUGGCAGAAGUCGGACGCACUGGAGUUUGAGCAGAAACUGCGAGCAGAGGAGCGCUGGUGGUUGCUGGAUAAAGAGGCCACUCACUGCCUGGGCUGCCAGGGCCAGUUCACCUGGUGGCUGCGGAGACAUCACUGCAGGCUUUGUGGUCGUAUCUUCUGUUACUACUGCAGCAACAACUUUGUGAUGACCAAGCACAGCGGGAAGAAGGAGCGCUGCUGCAGGGAAUGUUACACCCAACACAGUGCAGUGGUGGAGAGGUUCACAGAAGCAGAGCUGAGUCCUUCAGAUACCCAACCUCCUCCACCUGGCGCAGGACCUCAUCCACCACCUGAACCAGCCCCUUACAAACCCACCCCUAGGGUAACAGUUUCUGACCCCAGCAACAGAUCUGAUGAUGGCGCUUUCGACAUCAUCACAGAAGAGGAAGUGAAUGGCGUCUACGACAGUGACACCACCUCCCAGACCACAGGAGGCUCACUGGAUGGAGAGCAAGACCGACGGCAUCCAGGAGCACUGGAAAUAGGGACAGGAGAUGUGACCCCUGACGACCCUGAAGAGCACGUACCCACUGUACAGGACUCAGAGAUCAACCUUCUCAAAUCAGGAGAAGUCACGAUGGCUGUUCCUCUCAGUAUCAAUGAUAUUACUCAGUUUGGUGACGGUUCCAGGGAGCUCUUCAUCAAGUCCAGCUGCUACAGUGUGAUUACCGUUGUUGUGAGUGACUGUGGGCCAACCAUCAGCUGGAUGUUUUCCUCUGAGCCCAAAAGCAUCUCCUUUAGUGUGGUUUAUCGGGAAUCCACUGACACUCAGGUGGAACAGUCAAAGGUCCUGAUUCCUCUGACUCGCUGCAAUUCUCAUAAAGAGACAAUUCAGGGUCAGCUGAAAGUCCGUCAUCCCGGCCUCUACACGCUCAUCUUUGACAACUCAUUUUCACGGUUUAUCUCCAAGAAAGUCUUCUACCACCUGACCAUGGAGAAACCCAUAAUCUACGAUGGAAGCGACUUUCCCUGAAGCUGGAUGACACGUGCUCCCACACGGGCGUCAUCAGGAUGUCACUGUGGCUUCAGGGAGACUUAAGAGAUGGCAAUUCAAUGACUUUUUAAUUAAUUCCGUUCUUACCCAAAACCUGCUUUUACCCAAGUAUUUUAUGAUUUUAGAAAUGUUUCUAUAUUAUUUAACUCUGUGGUGUUAGUGUUUUCAGGUGUGCUCUUGUUUUAACUGUAGCUUAAAUGAAGUGAAAAUGAAAGAGAUUUUAAAAAGAGAAACAGAACAAUUGUUUAUGCAAGUUUUAUGUUUUUUUUUUAAUAUACACCAAGUAACUUUACCUUUGGUUCCAUUAGGUUUAAAUUAGUACAUUGUUCAUUUAGAGAAAAUGUCUAAUUUUGGUGUUUCUUUCUGUACAUUUUUGUUGGUCUUAGUUUUGGUUUGGCCUGUCUAUGCAAUUAUCUUGAGGAAUGCUGAUCACUACAAGUUACAAGUAACUUACCAAUAUGAAAUCUGAUAAGGUCAGAUGACAAAAAUUUAGCUGCAAAAGUUUUCUAUGAACACCAGGGAAAAACUUUAAUAUUUUUCAGAGUCAUGGCCAGUUUAAAAUGUUUCCAGUUUUAUGCAGUCUCUUAAAUCAAACGGCUAGAGAAAGCAGUAGAAGUGCAGAAAAGCGGUUUGCUCAUGGUUUGUUUAUUAAGUGAAUCAUCUGAACAUAUUUGUACUGUGCCAGUACAGGAAGUAAACAAAGCAGGAACUAAUAACUGGCCUGGAAAAAACACAGAUUCUCCAUGAUAACAAAGCAUAUGCACUUUGUGCAAAUCUCAGGAGUGGGACAUUAAAUUGUCCUCCAGUGGCAGCAUGUCCUAAUUUUAUGUUUUUGGAAAACUAAAAAAAAAAAGAGAGAGAGAGAGAGCAAGAGAGGAAAAACUGCCAUCUUAAUUCCUGUGUAAAGAGAGCUUUCCCCAUCCAGUUUAUAGGAUCCAGUGAAGCAAAGUGCCUGUACUUACUGUACACAGGCUGACUUUGUCUCAUCAGAAUGACCUUCACUUAAAAUAUAUUACUCGCUGUCAGCUGAUGAGUACUUUUAAAGUGCCUAUUAACUCUUAUUGCCAGGAAUUAGGUUUCUUUUGUAGCUGUAUAUUUUACACUUUGUUCUCCGUGGUAAUUUGUAAUAAUUGGUAUGAAUUGGCACUAAUCUAUAAAUCCUUAAUUCCAGUGACAUCACAAUAUGCACAAUAUUAUGCAUUUCAGUUGAAAUGAUUUUUCCGUAAGGUUUUCAUUUCAAUCUCCCUGAAUCCGUUUAUGUUUAGGUAACGCUCUGGCUUUUCUUGUACUCUGUGAUGAUGUAGUGAUGAAAUGGUUUGGACUAUUGUUUGCUGUUUAUUGUUGUUUUUUUAAUCACAAAACAAUG